UUUGGCUGACCCGGAAGAAUUUGAUGAAAGUGGCGCGGUUAAGAUCUAUUUAUUAGGUACUUGUUUUUGUAGCUAGGUAUCAUGGCAAAAAGGGAAAAGAACACAGAUAUGUUAUGGGACAUGAAAGUGAUGCUAAGUGAAUGUGAAGGAAUAGAAUUAUGGGUUGCCAGUAAUAUAGUAGAUUUAAUUGAAGAUGGCUGUACAAUCCCAUUUAUUGCAAGAUAUAGGAAAGAACGUAGUAAUAAUAUGGAAGCUGAUAAACUAAGAACUGUUGUCAGUGGUUAUGAAAAGCUCAAAGUGGUGCAGCAAAAAGCUGGAAAUGCUAUCAAAAGUAUUGCAAAGGCUGGGAAGAUGACUGAUGCUUUGGAUACAACCAUCAGAAGCGCUUGCACUCUUGAUGAAAUUGAACAUUUGUAUGCACCAUUCAAAACUGGUAGUAAAUCAACAUUAGCAGAAAGAGCAAGAAAACUUGGAUUGGAACCAGCAGCUGUAUCUAUAUUAGGAAAAUGUUGUAAUAUUAAUAUGCAAUCAUUGGUUCAGCCUGGAUUGAAAGAUUUACAAGUCUUACGCUUAUCUGAAUAUUCCAAUCCAACCAUCAUCUACUGCAUUCCUCGCAGGUAA